AUGCCGGCCGAAGUUCUCACGACCGUGUCCCCCACGACGGGCGAGCCGAUCAUCAUUCGCAAGGGCGUGUCGGACAAAGAGCUCAACAAGCUUCCAGACGUCGCCAUUGAGGCCUUCAACAACUGGCGUCAGACUCCGCUCGUUGAGCGCCAGGUCAUAGUCCGCCAGGCCGUGGAACUGCUCGGCGAAUGGCAAGAUGAGCUCGCCGUGGAGCUGACAACGCAAAUGGGCCGCCCCAUCGCCUAUACCGGCAAAGAGAUUGCCACCGCCGUCAAGAGGGCCGAGUAUCUUCUUAAGAUCAGCGACGGGGCUCUCAAAGAGACGGAUGGAGAGGCCGAGAACGGCUUCAGGCGCUUUAUUCGCAAAGUCCCGGUCGGACCGGUCCUCAUCAUCUUCGCCUGGAACUACCCCUAUCUCAUCCUCGUCAAUUCUUUGAUACCGGCACUGCUGGCCGGCAACUCCGUUAUUCUCAAGCCGUCGCCCCAGACCCCCACUGUCGUCGAGCGCAUUGCCAAGGUCUUCAGCGCAGCUGGCUUGCCAGCCGGGGUAUUACAGUACUUCCACUCCGGCGAUCCCACCACCAUCCAGAAGAUUGUGGAAGACCCGCGGAUUGAAGUUAUCUGCUUUACUGGCUCGGUCGCCGCUGGACUGGCCGUUCAGAAAGCAGCCUCGGAUCACAUCGUCAAUGUCGGACUUGAGCUUGGUGGAAAAGACUCGGCCUAUGUCCGAGGAGACGUGGAUAUUGCAUGGGCAGCCGAGGAAAUUGUCGACGGCGCCGUUUUCAACUCUGGCCAGAGUUGCUGCUCGAUAGAGCGCGUCUACGUGGACUAUACCAUCCACGACAAGUUCGUUGCCGCUGUACAAAAAGUCCUCGAAGGGUACAAAAUAGGAGACCCCAUGGACAAGGAAACACAUGUUGGGCCGGUAAUCUCAAGUAAGGCAAAGGAGACGAUCAAGGCCCACAUCAAACAGGCGUUGGAUGCAGGCGCGACAAACGCCACCCCAUUUAACGAGUCGUUCUGCAAUCUGCCCGCCAAAGGAAACUUUAUUCCGCCAACGCUCCUCACUAAUGUUGAUCACAGUAUGUUGGUCAUGACUGAGGAGACAUUCGGACCGGUCAUUCCGAUUAUGAAGGUUAAGAGCGAUCAGGAGGCCAUAUCUCUGAUGAAUGACAGCCAAUUCGGUCUUACGGCCAGCGUCUGGACCAAAGACACAGACAAGGGGUUUGAGAUUUGCGACCACAUCGAAGCUGGCACUGUCUUCGUCAAUCGUUGCGAUUACCCGAGCCCGGAUCUGGCUUGGACGGGAUGGAAGAAUUCCGGAAAAGGCGUCACGCUGAGCAAGUACGGCUUCGACCAGUUCGUCAAGCUGAAGAGCUACCAUUUGAAGGAUUAUCCGAAAUAG